GUGAGCUCUCCCUCCCACUUUCUGUUCAGCCCUCCACUCGCCUGCAUGCUGAACACAGACUGGACAACUGUUGAGUGGAGGAGAGAGCGCAAAGGGAUGUGACAGACUCUCUUUUUUUAAAUUUUUUAAUUGGACUUUAUUUUAUUUGCUUUCUCACCAAGACACUGGUCAUGUCUGAGAGCAUCGUGAGGAAGGUGCAGCCCUUCACCAUAGGGACGAGACUGUCGGUCCCCGCUGUGCCAAAAUGCCAGGAUUUUACGCAGAGCUAUCUGCAGAGCACGAGUCUGGAUAACUGCGCGCUGCAGCACAACCUGAACUCUCUGUACCUGGGCCGAUCCCAGGUCUGUGCGCGGGACCCCUGCCUCGUCUCGCCCGUCGUCAAGCAAGUAGCCCCGGUGAAACGCGACCAGGAGGAGCACAUGGCAGCGGAGGACCACCUGAACCAGAACGUCGCCUCCUCAUCCUCCUCCGCUGUCUCCAGAUCCAUCAAGAAGAUCACCAUCUCUGGGAAAGAGAGGUCAGAGAGCACGGGGCCAGCACAGCAGCAUUCUGAAACAGGGUCCACAUCCGAGAACAACAAUAACAACAACAACAACGUCACCAGCACCUCAGAUCCACUGCUGCCCAGGAUUGUGGGAGUGAGCUGUGAGAAUAAGCCUCAUUCUCAGUUCAAGGUCUUACUCAGAAAAGAUGGCAGUGAUGAAUAUCAGCCCACACACGGACAAACCGGGGUGAGACUGAACGGAGAGAAAUAUGAGCAACAGAUCUCAGUCCCUGAGUCACAGAAGAAAGAGCCCCAGCGGACAGAGAGUCACCCACACACUCAGAGUGAAGCAUCGGCAGCUGCUGCGUCCCACAGCGACUGCUUCACUCAGCGCAACUCGCUCUUCAACAAGGAAGUGCUGCAGGCUGAGGCAUGGAUCAGAAGCAAACUGCAGGAACUGAAGGAGGGCUGCAACAUUCAGCGCUGCCCCCUGCAGGACUGGGAGGAGGCCUCGCAGACGCUCCAGAGGGACCUCAAAGACUUUGAGAACACGCUCAUUCAACUCAACCAGAUGGGCGAGCAGCUGAUCUGCAAGCUGAACCCCACGUCCGACCUGGUGAAGAAGCAGCUGGGCCAGCUCAGGGAUCAGUGGCAGAGCCUGAAACUGACAGCUGCAAAUCAGACGAGGGCCUUCGGAGGGGCCAAGAACCUGCAGGAGUUCAACAAGAAAGUGGACAAGCUGGAGGCAUGGAUUAAAGAGAAGGAAGAGGAGCCGUCUCUGGUGAACGUCCUGGGGGAAAAUGUUGACAAAAUGCAGCUGACCAGGAGAAUUUUAGAUCUAAAACAGGAUGAGCAGCUCUACAGAAACCUCCAUGAGGAGAUCAACCACUUGGCUCUCAAGCUGGAGAAACAGGGGAAAACAGAUGGCAAGAGCAUCUCCACCAGGAGGAAACACAUCAAUAAAAUGUGGCUGAAGGUCCAGUCUCAUCUGAAACACUACCAUGCAAAUCUUCAGCUGGCUCUGGAGGUGUCCUCCUUCUACCAGCAGGCUGAUAACACACUGCUAGCCAUCAACAACAUGAGGAAAAGCCUAUCCGCAUCUAAAGAGUGGGACGGCCUUGGCGACAGAGAGAUCCGUGACAUUGCCAGUCAGAUCAUGAUGCUGGACGUGAGCGUGUCCCAGCUGUCCAAUCUGCAUCCUGCCCUGGCCGCCGGCGUCACGCAGAAGCAGAGUGAGGUGAAGGACUGCUGGGCACUUCUUCAUAAACUUUUCAGGAGCGACAGGACCACGCUCUCUCCCACUGGUUCCACUUUCACCAGGGAAGAGGCUGACCCCCUGACACUGGCGAGUGAACCCCAGGGCAAUGUGGGAACGGAGGCACAAAGGAUCAUGGGAAAGGAGGUGAAGGAGGAGCAGAAUCGGCUGAAAGGCUGUGUGAGUACCGUUGAAUGUGAAAAUGGCAGGAGAACGCUGUGCAGCCAGAGCCAGGAGCAGCCGUCAGUGAACCACACCUCUCCGCCCGUGGGAGACAGUGAUGUCAUCGUCAGACAUCGACUGAAGGCAGAAAGCAGGAAGCCCGGGACGGAGCCCAAACUCGCCGCUGCCCCUCCAGGCCACCCACAGCUCCACACGCAGCUUCAGAAGUUUACCAUAUCUGCUGACAAGACUCUGUCCUGGCUGAAGGACAACGUGUCCAUGGCCACGCAGGUGUGUUCCAUCGCAAGCUUCGAGGGCCUGGAGGCAGCCAGGAGGUGUCAGCGCACCCUGGAACAAGACAUCCUCACCAACAGAGCCAGGAUAGAGGUGGUCAAAAGGCUGAAGAGCUACCUGGUGAUCUUUCUCUAA